GGGAACAAAGUGAGGACUGUUGAAGUUCAGCUCUAUUAUUAGGUUGCAAGCGACAGCUAUAAUUAAGCGCGGGCAUGAACCCACGCUGCCGCACUUGCGCACGUUGCCAGAGAACGACCUGACGGAGGGGACGGGAGGGCGACACGGACACACCUCUGCGACAGCAGCCGGGUCUUCCAGAAUGGGUUGCACAUGCAGUGGCCCCAAAUCAGAUCGGACUGCAAACAAGAACUCGAGCAAAGGGAAUGUACAGCUGGGAAACAACUUGACUCUUCGAGGAAUUCCAGUAGAAUCUGAUGCAUAUGGACUAAACGCUCAAGAUUCUGAGAAGGACAUUGCCAUUGCUCAACAUGACUUCAAGCCAGUGAACAAUAAUGACUUGCCUUUCAAAAAGGGGGACAAGUUCCAGGUUCUCCAUGAAGAUGGAGAGUGGUGGUUCGUCAAGUCACUGGUCACGGGAGAGGAGGGGUACAUUCCUUGUACAUAUGUGGCAAGGGCAGAUACACUGGAUAUCGAGAAAUGGUUCUUCAAGAACCUGAGUCGCAGAGACACUGAACGUCUGCUACUAGCACCAGGAAACAGAGUCGGGUCUUUUCUCGUAAGAGAAAGUGAGACCAGCAAAGGAUCAUUCUCUUUAUCCAUCAGGGACUUGGAUCCGGAACAUGGAGAUGUUGUGAAACACUACAAAAUCCGUGCCCUCGAUAACGGUGGUUACUACAUCUCCCCAAUGACCUCUUUCCAGUCACUGCAAGAGCUGGUGAAGUAUUACUCCAGGACGGCGGACGGCCUGUGUCAGCGGUUGACAGGUCCCUGCAAGCCACUGAAGCCCCAGCAGCCCUGGGCGCAGGACGCCUGGGAGAUCCCACGCGAGACGUUGAAGAUGGUGAAGAAGCUGGGUUCGGGACAAUUUGGGGAAGUGUGGAUGGGUUACUACAAGAACAACCAGAAGGUGGCCAUCAAGACGCUGAAGGAGGGCAGCAUGGAGCCCGAGGCCUUCCUCCAGGAGGCCAACCUCAUGAAGCAACUGCAACACGACCGGCUCGUGCGCCUCUACGCCGUUGUCACAAAGGAGCCCAUCCUCAUCGUUACAGAGUACAUGGCAAACGGGAGCCUACUUGACUUUUUGAAAACCGAGGAUGGGAAACAUCUGAAGCUGCCUAAACUUAUAGACAUGUCUGCACAGAUUGCAGAAGGCAUGGCUUACAUCGAAAAGAAGAACUAUAUUCACAGGGACCUGAGAGCCGCAAACAUUCUCGUCUCGGAGACGGUGCACUGUAAGGUCGCUGACUUUGGCCUUGCCAGGAUAAUCGAGUCAGAGUACACGGCACACGAAGGUGCAAAGUUUCCUAUCAAAUGGACUGCACCUGAAGCAAUAAACUUUGGCACUUUUAGCAUCAAGUCAGAUGUCUGGUCUUUUGGCAUUCUCCUCACAGAAGUAGUUACGUAUGGGAGAACACCAUAUCCAGGCAUGACGAACCCAGAAGUGAUCCGACAUCUGGACAAGCACUACAGAAUGCCGUGCCCCGAGCACUGCCCGGCCGAGCUCUAUGAGGUCAUGCUGAAGUGCUGGCAGGAGAGACCUGAGGACCGGCCCACGUUUGAGCACCUGCAGUACAUCCUGAAUGACUUUUUCAUCGCCACAGAGGGACAAUAUGAGCAGGCUUAAGCAUCCACAUCUGUACUGUCAGAGACAUCCUGCACACACAGGACAACUGGGCAAAUGUAACGGUAGUGACUAUCUGCUAAGGAUUUUCCACACCUUGGAUUUCCAUCAAAGGAGCUGAAAUUGGCGGGAAAAGCAGAACGUUGGACUCAGAAGUGGAAAAAUGCAACAGUGAUGGCUGAGACUAAAUAUACAGGAUAUUUAUUUGAACUUUCGCUAACUGCAGCACUCUGUGUUGGUGUUGAUGUCCCUGUUCUGCAUCGAAGUCCGUAAUUGUUUCUUGGAAUAAACAUGACCAACAGUAGGCUUUGGAAUAAAAACGACCAACAAUCAUCAAGUUUAUGGAGCACAGGGAUCCUAAAAAGUCUACAGUCACUUGCGGCUCUUAAAACAAAACCACAGGGAUCGGCGGUGCACAGGUGUGUAUCCAAGUGACAUACAGUACAAUGCUAUUGUAGAUAUCAUCAAAUCAUACAGAAAUGUUACGCAACAUAUGCUAAUUUAAAAUGCAGACCAGACACUGUAAUGAACUGUUUCCUAGUCUCCCCAGAAAAAAAACGUUUUGCAUUUUUAAUUUCAUUCCAGUUGCCAUUCUGUGGUUAAUUAAUAAAAUA